AUGGUAAACCCUCUCGACAUCAUCACUGCUCUCUUUCUGUGUUCUGAUGGUUUUGUGCAGCAGGAAAUGGCACUAAAAAUGUCCACAUGUCAGUUCUCUGUUCCUUUGCUGCUUCCCAAUUGUGACACCAAUCAGUGCACACUCAUGCUGUGGGCCAUGAGAGACAUUGUUAAAAAGUACAGACCUCAGUCUCUGUCAGAAUCCAAGGGCUUCAUUGAAGACAGAAUCGUUCUCUCUGAACUUCCAAUGAUCUCUUUUGUCAGACUGGGUGAGUGCUCCUUGUCCAAGUCAGAGAUUCUUAAUAAGCUUCUGAGCAAUUCUCAGCAGUACCAUGACACCUUUGUUCACUACAACAUGGAGUGUGGUGAGAGUCCAAGAACAAUGUCCAACGGACUGACUGAAAUUACUUGGUAUCUUCCUGGUGGAAACACAAAUAUUGAUAUUUUCAGUCAGCCAGUGGCUGUAGCUAACCUUCGUGCUAUGACAUGCUUCAUCAAUGCAAUAACAAGCCCUGGAAAAGAGAGGUUUUAUUUUCUGAAAUGGAUGCGAAUGAACCUUGAUAAUGUGUCUCGUGCAAAAUUGGGUGGUCUCAGGGAGAAAUAUAAAGAAAAAUCUAAGAAUUCGGAGAACAAAGAGGAGAUCAAGGAAAUUGACAGACAGCUUUCCAACAGCUCACUGGGAACUGAACACUUCUUCCGUGAAAUGGGUCAGAUCUAUGAAGCUUCACUGUCCCUUCCAAAAACAAAUCCAGCACGUCAACAGUUGCAGCAUCUGCCCAAACUGUGUGCAGAGUUGUUGCUUGAUGGAUUUCCCCUUGAGCUUGUAGAUGGAGAUGCAUCCAACAUCCCUCUCAGAUGGGUGAGUGAUGUUCUCUCUCAGCUCAGUGACUUGGUGUCUCCAAACAGAAAGAUCCUGGUAGUCACAGUUCUUGGAGUUCAGAGCACAGGAAAGUCCACUCUCCUUAACACCAUGUUUGGAGUGCAGUUUGCAGUCAGCAGUGGUCGAUGUACUCGAGGUGCCUUUAUGUUGCUCAUCAAAAUCAAUGAAGACAUGAAAAAAUUUCUAAACUGUGACUUCAUGGUGAUCAUUGACACUGAGGGCUUAAAGUCACCAGAACUUGCACAACUGGACAACAGCUAUGAGCACGACAAUGAGCUUGCAACACUUGUUGUGGGGCUGAGUGACAUCACCAUUGUCAAUGUUGCAAUGGAAAAUUCAACUGAAAUGAAGGACGUCCUACAAAUAGUUGUGCAUGCUUUUCUCAGGAUGAAGGAGGUGGGCAAAAAGCCUAAAUGUCAGCUGGUCCACCAGAAUGUGUCCGAUGUUUCAGCCCAUGAGAAGAACCUACGAGACAGGAAACUGCUCCUGGAGCAGUUACAUGAGAUGACCCAGGCAGCAGCCAGAAUGGAAAAGAAAGAGGAGAACAAGAGCUUCACUGAUGUGAUGGAGUACAGUCCAGACACUGGGAACUGGUACAUUCCUGGACUCUGGAAUGGAAACCCACCAAUGGCACCAGUCAAUGCAGGGUACAGUGAGGCUGUAUAUGAGCUCAAGAAAAACAUCAUCCAACUGCUGGGAAACUGUAAGUCAUCUGCUAAUAAUAUCAUGGAUUUUAAAGAGUGGAGGACGGAAGUGACGGACAAGGAUCUAGUGAUGAAGAAGGCCCAGUGUGCAGCUUCCCCGGCUAAAUCUGAGACGCCGUCGUCGAAAAGACUUCGCCCGGCAGAUUCCCCCGGCACAACAUCGCCAGCCGGCAAAGAUAUUGCCGACAUACUGGAGUCAAUCGACAAGCGAUUGUCCACUUUCGACGCAAGGCUGUCCUUGGUGGAGCUUCUUCACCGGGAAUUUAAAUGCUUACGAGAAUCACUGGAGUUCAGCCAGCAGCAGGUGGAAACGCUCGCUGCUGAAAAUGCCACGCUAAGGGAGUCG